AUGCGCGCUACCUCGAAGCCUCCUCCAUUUCUCAAACAACGCUCCUCUACAACCUUCAUCCUCGCCACCGUCGCUCUAGGUCUCUUCACAGACUUAUUCCUCUACGGAUUGGUCGUCCCUAUCCUCCCCUUCAUCCUCCGAGAUCGUUUGAACACUGCACCCGACUCCCUCCAGAACCUAACAUCCAUCAUCCUAGCUUGUUACGCCGGCUCUCUCCUGCUCUUCUCGCUUCCUGCGGGGAUAAUAUGCGAUCGUAUUUCGUCCCGUAGGACACCUUUCUUUGCGGGUCUCCUGGCACUCGCAGCUAGUACGGUGUUGCUUGCGGUGGGGAAAACGGUAUGGGUUUUGAUCCUUUCGAGAGCGUUGCAGGGGAUGAGUGCGGCGGUUGUUUGGACGGUGGGGUUUGUGAUUGUUAGGGAGACGGUGGGGAGUGAGAGGCUUGGGGUGGCGAUGGGGUCGAUAUUUUCGGUUAUGGGGUUGGGGGGUAUGAUUGCACCACCUGUGGGAGGGGUGGUGUAUGAGAAGUUUGGGAAUGGGGCGGUCUUUGGGUUGGCGGUGGGCGUGCUUGGUUUGGACUUCUUGAUGAGGGCGUUGAUGAUUGAGAGGGGUGCUGCGGAACAGUAUGGUGUUGUAUAUGAGGAUGGUGGCGAGAGAGAUCCUGAGGUCUCCGAGGUGGGUGGACAUGCUAGGAAGACUUCGCUUGUUACUAGUAUUAGGAGUUUUAGUUCGAUUCGAACGAUGACUUCUACGGAACAACGACAAUAUCAAGAGACACCAGGUCGACAAGUACAAAAUGAAAGCUCACCACUCCUCCCAAACAUCAACAUCAACCCAGAACUCGACCCCGAACUCAAACCUUACAUCCUCCCCACCCCAACGCCCUACCACCUCCCCCCAUUCCUCUACAUCGAACUCACAUCCCCCCGCCUCUGGGCCGCCAACCUCGCAACCCUCUUCGCCUCAACCCUCCUCGCAAUCUUCGACGCCACAACACCAUUACACGCCUACCACCUCUUCCACCUCACAUCCCUGCACUCCGGCCUCCUCUUCAUCCCCAUGGUCCUCCCGUACCUCUUCCUCGGCCCCCUCGCCGGCCACCUCGUCGACCGCUUCGGCCCCAAGCCCCUCUCCACCCUCGGCUUCCUCUGGCUCUCCAUCCCGCUCUUCUGCCUCGGUCUCCCGCACGCAGGCGGGCUGUCAGAAGUCCUCAAAUACGCGACCAUCCUCUUCUUCUGCGGCCCGGGGAUGACUGCCAUCAGUGCACCGAGUCUCGUGGAGAUGAGUGAGGUGAUGCAGAGGUACCAUGCGGCGAAUCCGCAGCUCUUUGGGGACGUGGGUCCGUAUGCGAGGUUGUUUGGGGUGAAUAGUGCGCUUUAUAGUGCGGGGUUGGCGUUGGGGCCGGUUGUGGCGGCGGGGUUGGGGGAGCUGGUGGGGUAUGCG